AUAUCUUGAAUGUAUUUAUGCAGCGGUGGCAGGCAAGCAAGGCAUUUAAGGCAUUACAGUGAAGUGAAAUCGAACCGUCAAAACCAUAUUGUUGAUGUUAAACUUCAUGAAAUUAUUGUAAAUUCAUCAUCAUGGUUAGAACAGUGUAUUCCCCAGAAUACUGCCUUCAGUAUCUUGAACAGUAUGCAUCAAAAGAAACUUUUGUGAUAGGACUUAUUCUAGGUCAGACGACAGAUUCACGUGAAAAUGUGAUACACUUGGCUCGUACUCCAGAAGAGAAAAGUUCUGACAAUGCCGCGGAGAAUGAGACAUUUUCAGCCUCAGAAAAGCCUGAGGUUAUUAAGAGCUUGGCGGGAGUGUCGGAAGCAUGGAUAGCAGACCACGCCAAACAUGUUACUAGAAUGCUGCCUGGAGGGAUGUUUGUUCAAGGUAUAUUCAUCACAAGUGAUGAAGAUAUAUUUGAGGACCCAAACAGCUUCAGCAGAGUGAGAGCAAUACUGAAUUACACAUACAAGUCACUCAACACAAACCCAUAUAUGUACGGCAAUUGUCCAGGGGUAACAGAACGGCUCGUUCUCCACAUGUCAACAAGUACAAAAGUCCUCACAUGUAAGAGUGUGGAAGUUGGUUCCGUAAAGAAUCUUUUCGCAAAGCCAGUUGACUGGAAAUUUUUGCCGAAGCCACAGCAGUGGCAGAGGCUGGACUGCUAUUUUGAAUUUGAUGAUGUUUACCCGGUCAUUGUGAAGAAGAGUGGUAUUUCUGUUAAGCAACAAUUUCAACAAAUAUUGGAAUCAGCACAGAAGACAAUUGAGUCCAGCGUUAUGUUUAUAGACGGAGAGCUAAAGACCGGUUCAGAAGCUUUAGAGAAUCUAAAUAAGAAAAAGAAACCCAAAACAAAUGCAAAAGUCACUCAGCAAGAAGUCCUGAAGUCCAUGCAAGUGUCAUUGUUUGUGCCAUUUGAGACCUGUCUCCCAGAAACGGUCGAAUACCUAGAAUGCGACGGCAGCAUACACUUCAGCGGCGUCGUCUCGUCCAGUGUGUUCCUAUACCCUAAAGCGACGGUUUGCGAAGCCAUCACCGCAGUCAAACAGGACAUAGUGCGGUCGCUGGCUUCCCGGUUCACUAUGCACUGUGAUGCCUUGAUCGAUGACAAUCUAUUGCCUGAAGAGAAAGUGUGCUUCAACGAGCCGCCUCGACGCGUCCUCGUGCCGGUGGGCUGCCUGUUCCUGUGCGACUACCUGUUCCCCGGCGAGGCGCCCGCCGAGGCGCUGCUGUCCGUGCGCGAGCUGCUGGACCUGCACAUCACGGAGGCCGACGUCGUGUGCGAUGUAGAGACGCCUGCAGAUACUUCAGAAUUCGACGCCCUUGACCGCGACGCCAGCAGCGAGGAACUCCUCGCGACUCCACAAGAAGCCAGCCAAUUCAUGUACAUAACCGGCAUUUGUUUCGCCUUGUUCGUACUAAUAAUCUCCAUAUUUGUGCACUAUUACGAUACGAUAGUCGUAUGCCUGAGCAAGUUGUCCAAGUCUAACUAAAUAUUCACUAGUCAAAACAGACGCCACGGCUAAGUCAACACACCGACUUGACAAGCGGCACUGUAUAAGCGUUACCAAGAACGUCAAGUUCCUAUGAAAUUUUGACUUUUAAAGAGGCGCUGCCACACUUUGUAGCUUCUGUUGCGGUUAUUAGUUAGCCUAUUCGGACUAUCGGACCAACGGCGACAAAAAUAAUAGCGAUCAACUUUCCUUGAGCGAGAGAUGUAGAACACGUAAUAAAAGGCACGUUUUAAAAAGGCGUACAACAUACCCGUAUAUAAUUUUGUCGUACAUAGUUUGAUUUGGUUGAUAACAAUGACAAUUGAGACUAUGACGAACAAAAGAAUAAACGACUCUCUAUUGAAAGUAGCGUACGAGUUUAAUAUUCAUUUGUCUCGUCUAUGUAUUGAUGAUGUCAGAAAGUUUCUAACAUUGCGAAAUUUUCACUUGGAAAUUUUUCGGAAACAUUUACAUUUUUGUAUAGUAAUCGAAUCCGUUUCAAAGUUCCAUUUGUUUCCUGUGAAAUUUCAUUGAUAUUUCCGAGAUCUUUUCCAAGUCUGGAAACUUUCUGCAACUUGCACAUCAGGGUGGCUUGCCAAGGUGAUAAUCACUUGCGCUACGACAACGAAACGUUUUGUGUUUCUCUAUCACUUUUCGGUAUUAGUGCGACACUGAAAGUUGCGUUUCGUUCGCUACGGAGCGUAAACGAUUGGCAUGUUGGCUACGCACCCUGUGCACUUGCCUUAUAUUUAAUCUUAGUUAAUAGCUAUACGUUCACUAGCUGUUAACGCUGUCAGCAAAUAGUUUUUCAAAGAUAAAACACUCUCGCAAAGAAAAAACUUGCCUAUCGUUAGUCCCUAAUCCCCGUUGGUCAGACAAGCUGUAAAGCAGUAUUUCGGCAAUUUCAAACCAAACUCCAUUUCAAUAAAUUUGAACCCUUUGAACGCCACGUCUAUUGUUUACAACGCGCUUUUCAACCUUACCGGUAUGCACGAAGGUUGAUAUUGCACUGUAACCGAGCGCGUCAGUUGGCGGUUCAAAGGCAAGGCUCGGAGACCGCUUAAAUUUCUAAACCGUUAUCAUGUACUUGGCGGAAAACUUUUCAAUUUCGGUUUCACUCGAAAAACCGUUAUUUUUAAACCGGUUUUUACGAGAACAAUUCUUGUCAAAUUAACUGGUUUAUAGCAAUUAAAACCGGUUUCUACCUAUGUCGGUGUCUAUGUUUACAUGGCACACCAACAAGCCGGCAGACCGUUUCGUCGCUCGUCGAAUAAACCGGUUUUAUUAGGUGAUAAUAAAGUUCUUUAAACGUUCGCAUUCUUAUAAAAUUUUGGAAGAAAACCGAAAUAAACCGGUAUUUACCGAUAUUUUAUAAACCGGUUCCGAGCCUUGGUCAAAUGGUUAAACUAACUUGAAAAACACAAACUUAUAAAUUGGGCUCUGGCUAAAUAUAAAAUGCCAAAUGGCUUGAAAUAGCCAAAUUACUGCUCGUUACGCUGGAACAACUUUUAUAGCCAUGGAACAUUUUUAUAUUCAUCUGAGCAAACUGGUAAUCUCGCCCCAGACGGGUAAAUUCCAAUUUUCCUUUAUUUCAAGAACACGAUUACAGUAUUCAUGCAUUUAUUGUACUAGUGAAUAACUAACAUAAUAAAUAUUGAUUGGAGAAGAAUUGUGUUAAUUCUAUGGAAAAUCGUGUUCCUAAUUUGAUGUGAUUAUUUGGUGGUCUUCACCAGCUAUCAAAUUCGAAGCCCGAUUUGUCCUAGACUUAACACAUCUGAAGGCUCUUACACAGAAUGUUGGCUGUGCCGCCAACAAUUCACAGCGGGUAUUUGAGCCGCCGGGCUGGCAUGGCCUGCCGGGCCUGAUUGUACCGGCGGCAUAAACGCGCGACAAAAACCCGCUAUAGGCGCUUAGCAUACUGGAUCCGAUUCCCACGUCGCUCCGAUGUUUGUGCGAGACAACUAUAUGCGCGCAUUAUAACGUUUAACGACAUCUCGCUCGCACGACGUGCGAAUCGGAUUCAGUGCGUUAAGCGCCAGGUUUAAGAGACGACUGAUGUGCUGUCGGAUAUUUUCGAAAUUGCAAAAUGUCCACGUGGAAAAGUUUCAAAAACUUCACAUAUAUUUGUAUGAUAAUCGAAAUUUUCCAUUUCCUAAAUGAAAAUUUCCUUUAUCCAAACAAAUUUUCAUGAUAUUUCCGAUAACUUUUCCAACUAUUUUGGAAUCUUUCCGCAACUGUAAUCUUAUACAUAUGAACAAUAAAUCUUUAAUAAUACUGAAUAACUCGUGUAUAAACUGAUAUAGGUUAUUCAAUAAAAUAAAAUGAAUUGAUUUUAUAAUUAUAGAAUUAGAAAUUUUAUUUGUGACAAGAUUUGUGUAGGUAAGACGGUUCUAUUUUUAUGGCCACUUUUUUAUGUACAGAGGACGGAGGUUGCUGCGUUGAAUUGUGUAAUAUUACUUAUUAAAAAAAUUAUAUCUGA